CCUAUGCCACCAAAUAUGGACUAAAAACUACAAACACUGCCAAAAAUACUGGCACUUCUCUUUGGUAUCAUAGCAAGAAUGGCUCCUCAGAGUGUGCAAGGCAAUGCGAUGAGCUUGGUUUUAUCCCGGGAGGCGAAGCCGAGGCUGAAAUGGACUGCAGAGUUGCACGAGGCAUUCGUCGAUGCAGUGCAGCAGUUAGGAGGUGCAGACAAGGCCACACCUAAGUCACUGAUGAAGGCGAUGAACAUUCGCGGUCUGUCUUUGUACCACCUCAAGAGCCAUUUGCAGAAAUACCGACACGGGAAAAGUCAUCAAUCGCGACACUCUUGUCACACGAGGCAACAAGGUAAGCGUGCAGACUACAGCGAGCCCCGGGAUCAGAGGAGUGUUGCUAUGCAGACACAGAAGAAUGAGAAACUGCAGAUAGAUCAGGCUUUGCAGGUGCAAAUGGAAGUGCAGAAGAAAAUACAUGAACAGAUUGAGGUUCAGAGGCAUCUCCAGCUGAGAAUUGAAGCUCAGGGAAAGUAUCUUCAAUCUGCUCUAAAGAAAGCACAGGAAAUCCUUUCGAAAGCCGACCUGAUCUCCCUGCUAAUCUCCCCAACAAUGGUGGAUUUGGGGUGCCAAAGCUCUUCGGAAAACAGCGAACUGACAACAAUGGAGAGCUGUGAAGAAAGGGAAGAAAGAAGAUAUGAUAAGAGAUUCAGAGGCAGAAGAUAUGAUGAAACAUUGAAAAGUUCAUCAGGGUUCUUGGAGAAUCUUGAUUUGAAUGUAAAGAGUACUGUGAAUAAGUUUGAUGAUACAGACUGUAAAGUAAUUGAUUUGAACCGCGAAUGGGUAUGAUUUUCUGCUGGAAAUUGUAUGAGCAGAUGCUCUGUAAGGUUAUAUAUAUAUAUGUGUGUGGAUAUUCCAAAGUGCUUGAAUUGGAUCCUAGGAUGAGGCCAUCCAUGAUGUUCAUAGAAACUUUAAUUUGCAGGUUUUUUAAUGUUUUGUU